AUGUUCACCACGGGGCUUUUAUCAUUAAUCGCGGUCGCAUCGCUGGCACAGGCAGAUGAUAUUACUGCUACAGUGAAUCUUGCCGUGUCAAGAGGCGCGCCUUAUCACUGGGCUUCUGGAUUUAUCUAUGGUAUCCCUGAUACACUUGACCAAGUCCCCGACCAUUGGUACGAGGAUAUGGGAUUUCGCUAUGGUCGAGCCGGUGGAGCACAACUCGAGGCUCCGGAUCGAGGCUGGAUCUGGGGAUUGAAUGAGUACUAUGGUCGUCUCAACUCAACCCUGUCCAACUAUGAAACUUCCCGGAAGUACGGCGCUGAUUUCAUCCUCCUCCCGCACGAUAUUUGGGGCACUGAUCAUGCGAACUCGUCGACUGUUUGGCCUGGUGACGAUGGUGACUGGACAAACUACGACCUCUUCGUGAAAACCUUGAUGAGCGACCUCAAAUCGAACAAUGCGCUCGAGGGCCUUGUUUGGGAUACCUGGAAUGAGCCGGACGGGAGCUCGUUUUGGGCACGAAGCCAGCAACAAUGGAUUGAUCUAUACAUUCGGACAAACAAUAUUCUCAGGUAA